AUGUUAAUUGAUGAUGAUUCUUUAUAUUUAUACAAUUUAACAUUACAAGCACCAUCAUAUUAUUUAAAAUCAAUAGUUGGUUGCUUUAUUCAAGAUAAAAAUGAGAUACUAUCACAACAGCAAAUCAUUUUAGUCUCAUCAAAUCAUUUAAAAUUAAUUUUACCAAAUUCAGAAACAGGUAAAUUGGAAAUCAAAUCAUCUCAGAACUUAAUUGGUGUAAUUAAUCAAGUUGAGAAAAUCACAAUUAACAAACUAGAUUAUCUUGUAAUAGCUUCAGACUCAGGAAAUUUAUCAAUUUUAAAAUUUAACCCUGCCCAAAAUAAGUUUGUUGCCAUUUCUCAAAUUGGUUAUACGAAAAGUGGAUGGAAUAAAACCUACCCUGGCGAAUAUCUACUGAUUGAUCCUCAAAAUAGAUGUGUUUUAAUUGGAGCUAUUGAAAAGAAUAAAUUAAUGUAUCGACUCGAUAAUAUAGAUGAAGAUGGUAGUAUAAAUCUAAGUGAUCCUCUAGAAGCAAAUACUAAAAACUUAUACACACUCAAAUUAGUUUCAUUGGAUACCGAUUAUGGAAAUCCAUUAUUUAUAGCCUUAGAAAUUAAUGAAUUUGACGAUUUAUUAUUAAAUUAUUAUGAGUUAGAUAUGGGUUUAAAUCAUAUAGUACGUAAAAAAUCAACAAAAGUGGAAGAGCCAUAUAAAGAUUUAAAUUAUAUAAUACCAUUACCUAGUUACAUUGAAGGUAUAUUUACAUUUGGAAAAAAUUGGUGCUGCUUUCAAAAAUUUAAUAAUGGUGAAAACAUUUAUUUACCACUUCCAAAAAGACUGAAAUCUCAAGAUUCAAUUAUUAUAUCUCAUGUAAGUCAUAUAAUGAAAAGAAAGACUAAAGAAGAUUUUUUCAUACUUGUUCAAAAUACAUUUGGUGAUUUAUUCAAAAUUAUGAUUGAUUAUGAUUUCGACCGUGAAAUAAUUAAGAAUAUCAAGCUUACAUAUUUUGAUACUAUUCAACCAUGUAUAAAUUUGAAUAUUUUAAAAAGUGGAUUCCUAUUUGCUAAUGUAUUGAAUAACGAUAAAUUGUUUUAUCAAUUUGAAAAAUUGGGAGAUGAAGAAAAUGAAAAUGAUUUGAUUAUAAAUCUGAUUGACUAUUCAGAAGAGAAAAUACGAGAUUGUAAUUUAAUUUUCCAAUUAAAAGGACUAGAUAACUUAGCAUUAAUUGAUAUAUUUGAAUCCUUGAAUCCUAUUAUAGAUAUAAAAUUGAUUGAUAAUAACCUAACUACAAUUUGUUCCCAUUCAUAUUUGAAAAAAUUAUUACAUGGUCAACCAACAACAAUCCUAGUUGAAAGUCCAUUACCUAUAACACCAACAGAUAUUUUCACUACUAAGUUAACAAAAGAUUCAGCUAAUGAUGAAUGGUUAAUUAUAUCAUCAGUGUUAUCUAAUCAAACGUUAAUUUUAUCCAUAGGUGAAGUUGUUCAAGAUGUUGAAGAUUCAAAUUUUAUAUUAGAUCAACCUACUAUUCAAGUUCAACAAGUUGGUGAAUCAUCAUUAAUUCAAAUUUAUUCAAAUGGGAUAAGACAUAUAAACAAAAAUAAGAAGAUUACUAAUUGGUACCCACCAGCAGGUAUCGCAAUCACAAAAGCAACUACAAAUAAUCAACAAGUGUUAAUCGCAUUAAGUAAUUUGGAAUUGGUCUAUUUUGAAACUGAUAUCGAUGAUCAGUUAAUUGAAUAUCAAGAUAAAUUGGAAAUUCAAUCUCUGAUAAUAUCAAUAGCAAUUAAAAGUGAUACCAAGAGUGAUUACGCUAUAAUUGGAUGUUCAGAUGAGACAAUACAAGUGGUGUCAUUAAAACCUUCAAAUUGUUUAUCAAUACAAUCGUUACAAGCAUUAUCUUCAAAUGCAAGUUCAAUAAUAAUUACAUCAAAUGGAUUUAAAAAUUAUGUUCAUAUAGGUAUGGAAAAUGGUGUUUAUGUAAGAACUGAAAUCGAUUUAUCUGGAAAAUUAUUAGAUUCAAGGAUUAAAUAUUUAGGUUCCAAGCCAAUAAAAUUAAGUAAGAUUCAAUUAAAUGAGGAGAUAAAACAAGGUGUGUUGGCAAUUAGUUCAAAACCAUGGAUAGUAUAUAAUUAUCAGAAUAAUUUUAAAAUAAUACCAUUACUAAAUAUAAGUAAUAUAACUCAGGGUUUAUCAUUUAUUAGUGAAGAUAUUGGAGGUGAAGGUAUCGUUGGAUUUUAUGGUAACAAUUUAACUAUAUUUUCAAUAGGUAAAGAAGAUUCAGAAUUUGAUCCAAAUCAAGAAUUUUUAAUUGAGAAAUUGAAAUUAAGAUAUCAACCAAAGAAAUUAUUAACUCAUGGUAAAAAAUUAAUAAUUGCUGAAUCUGAAUAUAAUGUUAAACCAAUUCAUGAACCAAAUUUAACUAAUAAAAAAGAACCUACAAUUGAUCAAGAUUAUUAUGAUGCAUUUGGUUAUGAAGAAGUUUUAAAUUCUUGGAGUUCGUGUUUACAGAUUAUUGAAAGUGACAACAUUGUACAAAAUAUUCAAUUUCAAUCAAAUGAAUAUAUUACAAAUGUUGCCAAAGCUUUAUUUGGUAAUAAAAAUUAUUUAAUUGUUGGGAUUACCACUGAUCAAACUUUUUUACCAAAUAGUCAUAAAUCAUCAUAUUUAUUAACUUUUAGAUUUGAUAAGAAAAAGAAUAAUUUACAAUAUUUACACAAGACUGAUUUAGAUAUUUAUCCUCAUGUCAUUGAAUCAUUUAAUAAUAAAUUAUUAAUUGGUGAUAAAAAUAUUAUUAAUUUAUAUGAAUUGGGAACUAAACAAUUUCUUCGAAAAUCACAAACAAAUUUUAACUUUAUAAAUAAUAUAAAUAAAGUUUUGGUACAUGAUUCAAGAGUUUGGAUCUGUGAUUCCAAUUUAUUUAUAACGUUAUGUAAAUUUGAUGAAGUUGAAAAUAAAUUUAUUGCCUUUGCUAAAGAUUUAGUUAAACGACAAGUAACUACAAUUAUAAAUUUAGAUUUCGAUACAAUUUUAAUUGGGGAUAAAUUUGGUUCUAUUUCAAUAAUCAGAAUCGAUAAAAAUAUUUCAAAUCAAUCUAUAAAUGAUUGGACAAUAUUAAAACAACAAUCAAAAAAUAACAUAUUUCCAAUUUAUAAAUUAUCCAAUUUUGGUGAAUUUUAUAUACCUGAUAUAAUAACUUGCUUUAAUAAAGGUUCAUUAAUCAAUUCAAAUCAAGAAUGUAUUAUAUAUAGUGGUGUACAAGGUACCAUUGGUUUUUUAUUACCUUUAUUAACUAAAUCGGAAAUUGAACUACUUUCAAAUUUACAAAUUGAAUUGGGAUCAUAUGUGAGUAACGAAUUAGGUAAAGAUUUUUUCAAAUAUAGAAGUUAUUAUAAUCCAAUUAAGAAUAUAAUUGAUGGAGAUUAUAUUGAGAAAUUUUUAAGUUUGAAAAAUGAUGAAAAAGUUAAGAUUGGUAAAAAAUUGAAAAAAUCAUCAAAUGAAAUUGAGAAAAAGUUAAUAGAUUUAAGAAAUAGAUGUAUUUGA